AUGCCUUCUCCGUCCCGCCUGUUCACCACCGUCGCCCUGGUGGCCGGCGUUGCCGGUCAGUAUUUCCCGCCAACCCCCGAGGGCCUGAAGGUCAUCCACUCGAAACACCACGAAGGGGUCACCAUAUCGUAUAAAGAGCCUGGGAUCUGUGAAACCACCCCAGGCGUCAAAUCAUACUCGGGCUAUGUACAUCUGCCUCCGGGCUCGCUCGGCGACGUAUCGCUCGAUCAGGAUUACCCGAUCAAUACUUUCUUCUGGUUUUUCGAGUCGCGGAAUGAUCCUCAAAAUGCCCCUUUGUCGAUCUGGAUGAACGGUGGGCCCGGAAGUUCGUCAAUGAUCGGCUUGUUGCAGGAGAACGGACCGUGUUUGGUCAAUGCCGAUUCCAAUUCCACGGAGAUCAAUCCCUGGUCCUGGAACAACUACGUGAACAUGCUGUAUAUUGACCAGCCUAAUCAGGUCGGCUUCAGCUAUGACGUUCCCACCAAUGGCACCUUCGAUCAGCUCACAGGCAAGAUGAACGUCUCCGCAUUCCCGGAUGGUGAAGUUCCCAAGCAGAACAACACGUUCUAUGUGGGCACCUUCCCCAGUCUGAACCAGUCGACAGCUGCCAAUACUACGGAAAAUGCUGCCCGUGCGCUGUGGCACUUCGCGCAGACCUGGUUCUCGGAGUUUCCGCAUUACAAACCCCAGGAUGACCGAGUCAGUAUCUGGACCGAGUCGUAUGGGGGCCGGUAUGGCCCGUCUUUCACGGCCUUUUUCCAAGAACAGAAUGAGAAGAUCGACAACGGGACGAUUGAUGCCGACUUGGGUGCCCAUUACAUUCAUCUGGAUACCCUGGGCAUCAUCAACGGCUGCAUCGACUUACUGAUCCAAUCACCUGGUUACCCCCAAAUUGCGUACAACAAUACCUAUGGUAUUGAAGCGAUUAACCGCACCGUUUACGAGGCGGCAAUGGACGCUUGGAGUAGGCCUGGUGGGUGCAAGGAUUUGAUCACGGAGUGUCGCCGACUCGCCAAGGAGGGGGACCCUGAGAUGUAUGGCAAUAAUGCAACCGUCAAUGCGGCUUGUUCCAAGGCGAACGACUACUGCAGCGAUCAAGUGGAGGGGCCAUAUCAACUGUACUCCAAGCGGGGCUACUACGACAUGGCACACCCCGAUCUCGACCCGUUCCCUCCAGAGUUUCUCCUCGGUUUUCUCAACCAACACUGGGUCCAAGGGGCGCUUGGAGUCCCCAUCAAUUUCACGGAGUCCAUUGACAGUGUUUUUGGCGGGUUUGGUGCAACGGGCGACUAUCCGCGAUCUGACGUGCGCGGGUACUUGGAAGACAUUGGGUACGUUCUGGAUUCCGGCAUCAAGGUAGCCUUGGUUUAUGGUGACCGGGAUUAUGCCUGCCCCUGGAAUGGAGGCGAAGAGGUCAGUCUGCUCGUCGAUUAUGCCGAUGCCGACCAGUUCCGUUCGGCGGGCUAUGCAGCGCUCCAGACGAAUGCGACGUAUGUCGGCGGUCGCGUCCGACAGCAUGGAAACUUCUCCUUCACCCGCGUCUUCGAGGCGGGCCACGAGGUGCCCGCGUAUCAACCCCAGACGGCAUAUGAAAUCUUCCAUCGUGCGAUGUUCAACUGGGACAUUGCCACCGGUAAGAUCUCUACAGCUGAGAAUCAUGAUUAUUCCAGCGAGGGACCCUCGUCGACUUGGAAUAUCACCAACACGGUGCCCGCCAGCCCGGAGCCCACUUGCUACAUCCUCUCACUAGGUUCCACAUGUACCAAUGAGCAGAUCGAACGAGUGGCCAACGGCACAGCGUUGAUCAAGGAUUACAUUGUGGUUGGCUAG